AUGGAGCCCUUGAAGAAGCUCGCUUGUGUGGUGGCUACGAUGGCGGUGGUUCUCGCGGCCACCGUGUCUCAAACGGCAACCGCCGCUCGCAAGCCCGUCGGAGUGUCGACCUCGAUCAGAACGAAGAACAGUUUGGCCGACGUUUUCGACGCCGGACUUGCCCGCAAACACGGAUCAUUGGACUGCAUCAUUCACUAUGACUUUUUCCUGUUUCAAACAAAGCCUUGCUGUGAUGGAUGCAAAUGCCAGGGAGGUUUGCUAACCGUGGUCGUGGUCGUGGUCGUGGUCGGGCUUCUUGUCGGAUCGGUGUCGGUUAAGGCUCAGACGGUGGCCGAUAUCGUGACGGAUGAAUUCUUUAAUGGCAUAAUUGGUCAAUCAGAUCCAGGUUGUGAAGGGAGGAACUUUUACUCGAGGGCUAUGAUGUUGUUCUGUACAGAUUUUUGCUCCAUAGAAGAGAGAGCUGGUCCGAGCUUCCCCAACAGUCAGUAUUGUGAUCCGAACAACACCCAAUAUCCAUGCAACCCGAACAGAAGCUACUACGGCCGCGGUCCGAUCCAACUAUCCUGGAACUUUAACUAUGGACCAGCCGGAGUUAGCAUCGGGUUCGACGGACUAAACUCGCCCGAAACGGUGGCAAAUGACCCUCUUGUCUCCUUCAAGACGGCCUUAUGGUAUUGGGUGAACUUUGUUCAACCGGUCAUAGGGAAAGGGUUUGGGGCGACGACUCGAGCCAUUAUUGGGGCUAUCGAGUGCGACGGUGGGAAUCCGGCAACGGUUCAGGCUCGAAUUAACUACUGUACACAGUAUUGUAACCAGCUUGGCGUUGAUCCUGGACCUAAUCUUUCAUGCUAGUAAUAAAAUA